AUGUCCGGCUUCUCAUCUUUUUUAGGGGGAGAGCCCGAUGAGUUGUCCAUUUCCGGACUAGACCCCGAGCAAGGACCCGAGUCUGCAUCUGAAUUUUCGGGGGAGCAUCGUGGAAUCUUUGACUUGCUUCGUGACAGCUCAGAACAUGAGACUCGCCUUGAGCCCCUUGAUGAGGAGGCUAAUUGGUAUCAGAGUGUGGCUGAUCUGUCAGAUGAGCCUGAGCAUCUUUGGACUGCAGAGCCCUCUGACUUAGGUGAAGGUCUUGACACCGAGUUGCCUGUGCCUGCUGAACAACCGUGUGAGGUCUGCCUGCCAACUUUGGAGCCUCUGCCUAUGCUCUCUCCAGUGAGGUUUCAAGGUCCUGGCUCCGCUGACCCUCAGUUGAAUGCCUGGCAGGUGGAUGCAGUUUUGUUUGAUGUGAAGCGCAGGCGCUUGAGCAUUCCAGCGCAACCUUGGAAUUCCGGACCUUUUGCCUUAAAGAUGCCUGGGAUUGGUUUUGCGACUAGUUUCUUGAAUAGGGCCAGACCUUCAGUCGGGUUAGCUGAUGUACUUAACCCACCACUCAACUCGCCGUUGGGUGUCAGAGAGCCAGAGCCAGUGCUGGCGUGGGUGGUUGAAUCUAGGCUUCGCCACUUUAGAGUUGAACGGUCGGACGAGGACUUGAGGGUGCAUGCUCUUGCACGAAUCCGUACAUUGGUCAUGCUGGAUCCGUUGGCUUCAAAGUUAGGAAGAAGUUUGGCAAGUGAUGUCGAAAAUUUGGCCACAGAGGAGGAAAUUUCAUCUUCCUUCUCCCAUGCCUUUGCAUCCAAGGCUGCAAGCACCAUCCACAAGAGGGCUGGGUCAUUGUGUAAGUUUGCAAGCUGGUGCAUGCGAGAGGGAGCAUCCCCCUUGAGGUUUGAAGAGGUGCAUCUGUAUCACUACCUAUGUGAUCUUCAGAAGUCCGCUGGGGCUACAUCAGGAAGCCAUCUGAUUGAAGCCCUACGCUUCUUAGAUUCGGUGGUGAGUUUGGUUCACAUUGAGGUCGAGGAGGUGAUGUCGGCCCGGUGCCGUGGUGUUGCUCAGGAAAUGCAUAUGGCCAAGGCUCCGCUGAGGCAGAAGAAGGCCUUAACCAGGAAGCAGGUGGAACAUCUUGAGCUCUUCACCACGCGUGCUUCUUCGAGGCAUGCCUGCAUUUCGGGACAGCUGUUGUGGUGUAUGCAUUCAGGGUCAAGGUGGAGAGACUCGCAAACCCUUCGCCACAUCGAAUUGGAGGUGGACGAGGAAUCGGGCGAAGUCCUGAUUUACGGUGAGGCCCUAACUUCAAAGACAACCUUGACCGCCAAGGCCAAAACCACUCUGCUACCAUACGUGGGUGUGGGACUUGGCGUUUCAGGGUUACCUUGGGCAAAAGCUUGGUUCGAUGCACGCACUGCUGAAGGCUUGACUGAUGUGGAUCCUUUUCUGCCCACGUUUUGUGAAAGGAAAGGUUGCUGGGGUUCGCAACGAAUGUCAGCGUCGGAAGCCAGCAUUUAUCUCCGUGAGUUUCUUCAAAGCAUGGACCCAAGCUACGGAGAGCUGCGGGAGUUGGGGACUCAUUCUAUGAAGAGGACUUUGCUAAGUUGGGCGGGAAAGUCCCACCCAGUCACCUUCACUCAUCCUGAAAGACGGCUUUUGGGACAUCAUCUGGAUCAGGAGAACAAAUCGGUGGUGGUCUACAGCAAGGACGCGUACGUGGCCUUGUACGGAAAGGUCCUUGGGAUGUAUGCCACAGUUCGUUCCGGCCUUUUUGAUCCUGAUAUGAGUGCUGUGAUGAGGAUGAAAUCCAUUGCGCAUCAAGUGGGUAGCUUGAGCUUGGGCUCCGAUGAGCCGACCGAGGACCUUCAGGCUGACCGUGCCCUCUUCAUGUAUGCCUCUGAAAAGUUGAUGGGUCGGCUUGCUGCUCCGGCCGGACAGCCCAAGCCGCUUGAUGACGUCAUUCAAGAAUUGAUGCACUCACCACAGGUCACUCAGUUUCUGCAGCCUGUCCAACGUCCGCCUGACCCUCCUGCCGGUUGGGAUAGCAAUGCUUGGAAAGGCAAGGGUAAGAAAGGCAAAGAAGGCAAGGACGGAAAAGGCAAGACAGGCAAAGGCACUGGUGCAGCUCCUUCCAAACCUGACAUUCCUGAGGGCUGUGUAUCUCGAGAUGCCGCCAAUAAGCCCAUCUGUUAUGGAUUCAACCGCGGCACGUGCCGAUGGAAGGGCAAAGCUGGCCGAUGCCAGAGAGGACUGCACAUAUGCUGGAAGGACCCGCGCACGGCUUCUCUUGCUCGGGCCGUGCCGCUCUCUGUGCAAGAGCAAGACUUUUCUACUGCCACUGUCGGCGGUACCCGGACAUUCGACGAUGCCGAGGCUCUAGCCGCGGAGUUCUUCCUGAUUCCAAAGGUCGCCGCCAAGGGGGCUGAUGUGCAUGUCGAUCGCCAUAACUUACCAGGCAGCUUGAACGCUGUCAUUGCGAUUACAGAUUUUAAGCAGGGUGGCUUGGUUGUCGAGGACCCCGAUGGUCCCGAACGCGCUUGCUUCCAAGGAAAGGUUGUCCAUGGCCGGAUAAUUCCUUUUCAAAAUCACGUCCUUGUCUUUGAUGCUCAAUCCCAGCGGCAUUGGACCCAGGCUUGGCAAGGACGCAGGCAGGUUCUGGUGGCUUACAGCGUGCCCACUCAGGGUUUGUCUGCUGAGGACAUUCAAUUUCUGCGUGACUUGGGUUUCUCGCUGCCUUCUGCUACGAGAGUUCCGCGACCCGUCCGGGAUAGCCGUCCCUGGGCCUUGGAGGUUUUCGCGGGGUCUGCGGUGCUUUCUAAAGCUUGGAUCCGAGCUGGGUUUCGUGUGCUUGCCAUCGACAUUUGUGUUCGGGGUGCACAAGUGCCCAUUGCACCUUUGGAUUUGACUUCGGCGUCGGGCCUUAAAAUUUUCUGGGAUCUUGUGGCUAAACUGCAGCCAGAGGCCAUCCAUGUCGGGGUUCCAUGCGGAACCGCUUCUCGUGCUCGUGAGAAACGCCUUCCAGCCAGUGUUGUGGCGGCUGGGGCCCCAGAGCCCCAGCCUCUGAGGGACGCUUUGAAUCCUUUGGGCUUGCCGAGUUUGUCUCCUGGCUCUCUUGACGCCCUCCGAGUUACAAAGGCUAACCAGCUCUAUGAGCUUUCCCUUGACAUUGCCUUGUUUUGUGCCAGCCGCGAUAUUGUCGUGUCCAUUGAAAAUCCGGCCAGACCUUGGGCCUGGGCGGCCAUCGUUGAGCUCCUGCGCCGCAGGGCUAACGCCUCUGACUGUGCCUGCUUUAAUCGCCUGCAAUCCGUCAUUUUCCAUUCCUGUAUGCAUGGGGGCAGCCGUCCCAAACAGACCAAGCUGCUGUGUACCGCUGACGUUUAUGCCACCCUCAGCGCUCAGUGUGAUGGGCGGCAUCAGCAUGAGCCCUGGUCUAUCACAGCCAAAGGGGGUCGUUGGCAUUUUGCCACUGCCCAAGAGGCGGCCUAUCCUGCUCUUCUGGCCGCUCGCAUGGCCCGCUGCUUGUUGCUUCAUGUGCGUGCCAAACGCCCUGCCGUCCGUUUGGAGCCGACCCUCUCCGUCCUGUCAUCUGCCGCUGUGUCGCGUCAGACUCGCAAGCACGCCGCCCUGAUUCCAGAAUUUGCUCAGGUGAUCCAGCUGCCAAUUUCUCAGGUUGAUAAAGGCAUGCGUGUACUUCGCGAAGUCUCAUUCCAUGGGGAGUGUGCGGGAGACUGCGACUCGAACAACCCUAUUGCCGAGGCCCAGGCGUUGCAGCACCCAUUCGAUACCCACAAUCCUGUGGCUGCAGUCACUGUGGAUGCGAUCGACUUUCUGGUGAACUCUUCUCCGCAGCAAGUGACUUUGCACAGGAAGCUGGCCUUGCUUAAGUUACAGCUGCUGAUCAAAAAGGGUGAGAGAGAGGAAGCGGAGCUCCACAGCAAGAUGCAUCCUUCAGUGGCUAAGGUGAUGCGGGGUAAAAAGAUUUUAGCACUUAAGGCCUUACUUGAACAAGAAGGUUAUGAUGACCUUGAGGCAGUCAAGUUCUUGACCGAGGGUGUACAUGUCAUGGGCUCUGAACCCCAUCCUCCUUGCUUCGACAAGAAGGUGAAAGCCGCUACGCUAACUGAACAAGACCUGCGGGAUACAGCCAAGGAGAGACGGGAAGCCAUUGUUGGUGAUGAUGCACCCGGCGACGCGGCCAAGGCUCAACUCUUGUUCAAGGUCACGCAGGAGGAAGUCGACCUGGGUUUCCUAGAUGGGCCGUACACGGCUGAUGAAAUCUCAAACUUGGUGGGACAUGACCAGUGGUGCGUCAUAAGAAGGUUCUUGCUGGAUCAAGGGUCGAAACAUCGGCCUAUCGAUGAUGCCUGUCAGUCGCAAACCAAUGCUGCCUACAGCGCUACCAUCCGCUUGGAGCUUCACAAUGCUGACUACGUAGCAUCGUUGGCCCUUCUUAUCGCCAAGAAGGCCAAAAACCAAAAGCACGGGUCAGGUGCAUGGCUGGGUAAAUGCCUCGACUUGACCAAAGCUUACAAGCAGGUAGCAUUGCACCCGGAUCAACGAGAUUUAUGCAUAACCUACUUCAGAGGACCAGGGGGAGAGGAAAAAUUUUUCCUCCCCAAUGCGCUGAUGUUUGGCGCCACUGCCGCCGUUUUCGGGUUCAUUAGGAUUAGUCGGUGUCUCUGGUUUCUCGCGAACAAAGUCAUGAAGGUUCCAUCAGCUUGCUAUUUUGACGACUGCCCUCUCUUCGCGCCAGAAGAGGGGGCCCAGGAGGCAGAUGAAUGCAUAAGUCAAUUCUUCACCAUGCUGGGGUGGUCUCACGCCGUCACCGGCGAAAAAGGCAAGCCGUGCUCAUCAUCCUUCGAUGUCUUAGGACUUACUUUGGACUUGUCGCAACUGCAGAAAGGUUUAGUGGUUCUCAGGAACAAACCCGGACGGGUGGAGAAAAUCUUGAGUGAGUUUGACAAGGUCUCUGAACCGGAAGCCAUCACCCGCCACCAGAUACAGGUCCUCCAUGGGCUGUUGAAUUUCGCUGCGGGGUUUUAUUCCGGAAGGGUGCUGAAACACUUGUGUUAUGAUCUCUUGGAGUUCCUUGAAUGGCGCGGCCCGGUCGCUUUCCAACGGCUCCAGAAGCUUUCGGCACGAGUGAAGCAUGUGCUGGAAUCGAUGCCGCCCAGGGUCUUGUCGUGCAACUUUGCUUGUGAAUCAAUACUCGUGUGGACCGACGGCUCGUGGGAAUCGGGACAUGCGGGUAUUGGUGCGUGCAUCUGGGAUCCCUUGAAACAGUGUGGACAUGUGCUAGGAGGUGUGGCUCCAUCUUGGGCGAUUGAGUCGUGGAAGGAGGACUUCGAUGCUCGGGAUGGCGAGCCUCAACUUAUAUGCCACAUUGAGUUGCUUGUUCUAGUGGCGGUAAGAUGGAUGUUCCAAGAUCAAUUCUUGAACAGGCGAGUGAUUAUGUUCGUCGACAAUGACGCCGCUCGGUAUGCCAUUCUGAAAGGUGGAAGUGGAAGUGACGGGAUGAACAACUUAGUCCAAUUGUUCGACCUUCCUGAUCUAAAGUUUCCGUCUCUGUACUGGAUUGACCGUGUACCGUCGAGUAGCAAUAUAGCGGACGGCCCUUCCAGAGAUGACUUCGCUUUGGCACUUAAGUUGAUGAAGGCUACUUGCGUGGAAGCCUUCGCUUGGCACGAUGAGCUUAAGACUUCAGUCAUCACAAGGCGCAAGAGGAAAGGGGUGUGA